AUGGCCGGUAGCUUGGAAGGUCAAUGCAUCAGACUCGAAGUCAUCAGCGGAAAAAACCUUUGUGUCCCCUCCUUCCGCAUACCCGCAGGCAUCUACGUGUCCAUUAAACUCGACCAGACGAGACUCUGGAAAUCAACCAUUCAAGUUCCAUCAUCCAACAGUUCUGUAGCGUGGGGCGAUACCGUGAACCUACCAUCACAUGUGUCACCUCAAGCAUCGGUUGAGAUCAGGGCAUCCUUAGAGCUCAGUCGGAUGCUAGGCAAUGGAGAACUUAUCGGAAAACUUGAAAUGUCUUGGGAUGAACUGCUCGAUCACGGAGAUGAGCCUUUCGAUUUGUCCUUCCCACUCGUUCACGGUGUUCACCCUUCCCUCACGCUGAAGGCCGCAUCUGUGAAUAAUUGCGGAAACAACAACGGUGAACUGUUGAACUCCAUCGUUGACUGCGAGAUCGCUCGAGACACGGAUGUGGGUCACACAAGAUUUGGUGAAUACGUGACAAGCAAGAGGGUCUCUGACCUGAACGAUGCCGUGGCACAUUUUGAGUUGGUUCUAGAGCGGUGUCCGGUCGACCACCCUGACCGCGCAGCUGCACUGACCAACUUCGCGUACGCACGCCUCGAAGGGUACAUUCACAAGGAUCGUCAAGAUAUCGACUCUACUACCUGUCUUUUCCGCGACGUUCUUGCAUUGCGUUCGCAGGGCCACCCUGUUCAUCCUUCAUCUCUAUACCAUCUCCUUAAAGCAUUGAUCUGGCGCUACAGUCAGGAGCUUGCCGCUGUCGACAUCCGCGAAUCUGCUCAAAUCUACCACGAGCUACUCCCUCUCUGCCCAGAGGGCACAUAUCUUCGGACCAGCGUGGUAGGGGCUGGUGGCUUGGAUUAUGUUAUUAGCGAGUGCAACAAUCUUCCGAUAGACGCAUCCGAUGAAGACAUCCGCCUUCGACGAAUCGUACUCGAGCUCUGUCCCCAGGGCCAUCAACACCGUCCGAGAGCCCUUAACCAGCUUUCGCUGUCACUCAUGAUACGUUUUAGCCAAUGUGGGAGCAUUGUUGAUAUAGACGAGAGCAUACAACUUGGUCGCGAGGCUGUUUCUCUGUGUCCCGAGGGACAUCCUGAUCGUGGUCUCUACUUGAAUAACUUGGCUUUCUCACUCCGCUCCUACCGCUUUCGUCACCAGGGCAAAUCUGAUGACCUCAACGAGGCCAUCUCUCUGUAUGAGGAAGCACUGUCCCUGAGCCCUGUUGGGCAUGAAUCUCGUGAUGCACUAUUGGACAACCUAGGAGGCGCCCUCCUCGAUCGUUUCAAGCAACGCGGUGAGGUAGAAAACAUCAACAGAGUUAUCAGCCUCUAUCGCGAGGCACUGACAUUGCGCCCACCUGGGCAUCAAGACCGUGACACCACACUUUGCAACCUUGCCGUCGCGCUCCAAACCAGAUAUGGCAAAUCACAUGCCAAGGAGAAUCUUAACGAGGCCAUCGAGUUGUACCGUGAAUCAAUUCGGUCAAGGCAGCAUGAUGAUCCAGAGCCCCAUAAAACUCCUUUAAAUUUGAGCUCGGCACUCUGCUCUCGUUUCACGAGAACUCAGAAGAUUGAAGAUGUUGAGGAGGCCAUUAGGCUCUGCCAAGAAUCAUCGGUGGCUUUGCCAUCACUGCACCCAGAUAGGUACUACAGCUACAUGCGGCUGCAGGAGGCCUAUCUGUCUCGUUACCAGGUUCAAUGCAAUUCGGCUGAUUUGUCACUCGCUGUUGAAAACUUCAGAUUGGCGUCAACGCACCCCACUCAAGGAUUCCCAGAACGCACCCAAGAGGCCAUUGAUUGGGCUUGUGAAGCAGAAGUCUAUCAACACGGAUCUGCCCUCGAAGCAUACCGAACAUGUUUGGAUCUUUUUGACAACCAUGUAAUGACGCGGUCCUCAAUUAUCUCGCGGCGCGAUGCUGCAGCUGCAUUUCGCGGCGCACAAUCACUGCCCGUAGAUGCAGCUUCAUGCGCUAUUCGUCAUAAUGAUCUGCGAGGAGCGGUUGAACUCGGGGAGCGGGGUCGCGGUCAACAAUGGUCGAUGGCCUCUCGACUCAGGACUCCAUUGGAUGACCUCAAGUUUGCAAGUCAGUCACUAGCUCACAAACUCUUGGAGCUCAACAAGCGCCUGUCUGAUGCUCAAGGUUCUGCAGGCAGCACAGAUCGAGCUGCUGCUGACCGGGCAGCGAUAGAAUAUAGGAAAAUCAUGACGGAAUGGGAAGCUACGGUUGCGGAGGUUCGCAACAUUCAAGGUUUCUCGCGGUUCCUCCUCCCUCCAUCGUAUGAAGACUUGCAAGCGGCAGCGAAUGAUGGCCCAGUCAUCAUCCUUAUCGCGAGCAAAUACUCGUGCAAUGCCCUCAUUGUCCCGACAUCAGGACAACCGCAUCAUGUUUCCUUCCCUUCUGUCACUCUCGCAGAUCUCUCAAAGCUCAAAGACGACUUCGCGAUGGCGAUACGACAUGCAUCGCUGAUGGGCCCAACAGAGUCGCGGACGGAGUUGAUAGUACUCUUGCGGAAGGUAUGGGACGAGAUCAUGCUACCUAUCGUCAAGGUACUACUCGGGCAUGAUCUCAAAGUCAAGCCCCGCUCUCGAAUCUGGCUAUGUCCAACUGCAACAUUUACCUCCAUUCCUCUUCACGCAGCUCAUCCCUCUCGAACGAAAGCAGACAGAAGUGGGCGGGAACUAUCCCUCGAGGAUAUUUAUGUUUGCUCUUACACCCCCACACUUUCGGCUCUCAUCAGAUCUCGACAGGCAAUGAAGACGAUGCGGCGUGCAACUCCAUCGGUCGUGGCGAUUGGGCAAAGUCAACCAGGCGCAGGGCAAGGCACGGCGCUCGCCACUGUUGACAGUGAGCUCGAGCUCGUCCAUAAACUCCUUCCCCCCAAUGUCAAGUUCACCAGUCUUUCUGGAGAAAAAGCUACACAGGCUGGUGCGCUCGAUGCUUUGCGACGCAACACCUGGGUGCACCUCGCCUGUCACGGCAAGCAGGACCGCGAACAGCCUUACAAUUCGCGAUUCGCCAUGAGGGAUAAACCUCUCACCCUCCUUGACAUCAUGGAGAAUGACACUCCGCAAGCUGAAUUCGCAUUCUUAUCGGCGUGUCAUACCGCCGUCGGCGACGAAAAAACUCCCGACGAGGCCAUCCACCUCGCAGCUGGCCUGCAGUUUUCAGGGUUCAAGAGUGUGAUUGGCACGCUGUGGGUGGUCGAUGACGAAGUCGCCAAGCACGUUGUUGAAGCAUUCUACGAGAAUAUGUUCAAGGACUUGAAGGACGGUGUCUUGGACUGUACGAAGGCAGCCAAAGCACUCAAUUAUGCUACGCAUGGGGUGAAGAAGUUGGUGCCGCUCGAGCAGAGAAUUGUUUUCAUUCAUAUUGGUGUAUAG